AUGCCAGGUGUUUCUAAGAGUGGCUGCUGGGAUGUGUCUUACACCUCUAGAAGAGUCUGUGCUUUGAUAAACUCAACAGUAGACUUUUCCUGCACAUACUCACAUCCCUCUGAUUAUACUGUAAAGAAAACAUUCUGGCAUUACAUACAGACUGGAGAUUUCAGGGAUCUGCGUGAGGAGCAUCAGUUUGCUGGUCGUGUGGAGUUUGUGGAGAACAAACUGAGAAUCAAAGAGCUCAAGAUCAGCGACUCUGGAGAAUAUCGAUUCAGGAUCAUCACAGACAAAACAAAAAGAACAUACUCUGGUUCACCUGGAGUCAUUCUCAAUGUUACAGAUACGCAGGUGAUAAACAGACCACACACUGUAUCAGAGGGAGAAAAAGUGAUAUUAAGUUGUUCAACUAAAUGCACUCUGAGUAACAAACACACUUACAUCUGGUACAAGAACGGACGGCAGGUCACAGAUGGAUUUACUAAAGACAACAAGCUGUACCUGGACUCAGUCAGCAAAGAAGAGCGUCAAGAGUUCUCCUGUGCUGUAGGGGAAGCAGUGGACAGCACAGCAGUCAGCCAUUAUACAGUCACUCUGCUGGUGUUUGUACCUCAGUUUCUCAUAAUAGCAGCGGUGUGGAUGUGGUUUUUCAUCAGAGCACAUCUCUUCUCAAAAACUGAAAACAAAGGUGAAGGAGCUGUUGUUCCUCGUCCCUAGAUCUUCUCUGUACAUCUGAGCUGGGGAAAAGACAUCAUCGAGUUUUUUCAGUUGUGACAACAUCACAUUUAUGCUUUGAUCUAUUAAUUCUACCAGUUCAUGCUUUAGUGACAUAUAAUAAAUAAGUAUGACUUAAUAAUGACUUAUAGGUCUAUUUAUGUCACGAAAAAUAAAGGUAUUUUAAUUGAUUCCUCCUCUUGCCAAAAAUAACAUGAGCUGUUUUUAUCCUAAGAUCAUGCAAGAAUCCACAUGAUUGAAGUUUUAACCUUUUUUAUUGUGUUGCUUUAUUUCAGUAUUAGUGCACACCUUCAUAUUUUGUUUCUGUAGUUUUCAGAAGUGUAACUAAUUGUAAGGCUUGAAGCUUACACUGCUAUUCUGAACCAGUAAUCAAGGACAGAAAGCAGAUGAUGAAUGACGUGUUUAAAUCAAUUAUUUAUCUGACUUCAUUAUAAUUAAUUUGACUCAAUUAGAGUUGUUAUCAUCAUUGAUAAAUUGACAUCCCAGAUCAACAGUUACCAUUUCUUAGUAUACCCUGAGCAAAGCAUUGUCAAACAUGGGUGAAAACCAACCCUAAAAACAUAAAAGUAAAGUUGAGGAGAUAAAGUGGGGGAGAAGAACAUUAACAUACUCUAUACUAUGACUCAACAAUAGGAAAUAGAUUGUAUAUAGAAAUACAUCAGUGUUUCUGUUGAUUGCCUUACUACAACACUUUAGUCAUGAACUGUCAAAUGACACCAAACACAACUAAUUUAUAUGAAAGAAGAUCACGAACAAAUGAAUUGUGUGUGGUUAAGAGCACAUGGUUACUGUAAGCAAAUGGCAGAGAUGUGUACUGAAGAUGUGAGGAACUCACCCAUGCUGUGCAUGUAAUGUCUCAGUGGUGCUUCAUUAGCAUAGGACAAAUAGUAUCUAACAUUUUCUCAGCUUACACUAAUGUAUCAAUAUAAGACCUGUUUACAUUAAAAACAGAAACUGUAACUAUUAAUGAUAACAGUGUUUGUGAUAAUAAUGGCUUUUUCUAUCCACAUUCUGGAUGCAUCUGCCCUUGCUCUGUUACCUUCCCUAAUUUGGUAUUAAAAGGCUCAAAAUCA